CUGGUCUGGCGAGUCUAGACAGAGAAACACAUUAGACUCGGGCAAUGCGGAAGGCCAAAACCGCACUCUGCUUAAUCACAGCCACUGGCCUGACCUUUCAUGCCUUCAACCCCAAUUUUCUAUCAUCUUCCUCCGAUUCCUUCCCCAACUUUCCUGAGAAAUUACGCGCACCAAUCCAUGGCGUCAAUCGAUCUUCUCGCGCAAUCGCCACCAUUGCUUUCACUGCUGUUGACUACAAGUUCACUUUACAUGGACUCUCGGUUGACUCUGAUGAGUAUCGUCAGAAGCUAUCUGAGGUUCAUAGAAGGUCCGCCUCAAGAAUUCGGAAAUUGUGUGAGGUCAAUAGAGGGUUCUAUGUGAAAGCUGGCCAAUUUGUUGCAGCUCUGCGACAGGUUCCCAAAGAAUACUCAUUAACUCUUUCCUCAUUGCAGGAUCAAGCAGUUCCUUAUCAUUUCAAGGCUAUUAAAGAGGUACUAAUCCGCAAUCUAGGACCCGAGCUGUCAGAUAUGUUUUUGUCACUCGAUGAACAUCCGAUAGCUGCGGCAUCUAUUGCUCAAGUACACCGGGGAGUUCUUAAGGGUCAUCAAGAGGUAGCAAUUAAGGUGCAGUACCCGGACCUGGAGCAGCAAAUGAAAAUAGAUACAACAACCAUGUAUUUUCUUUCAAAAUCCCUUGCUUGGGUAUGCACUCAAUCUCGGGACACUUAUGUGAUAUAUUGUAGUUGCAGUGAAUAGGUUUUGUCUCUCCUAAAGGAUAGUGAAGACAAUAAUGGUUUUCGUCUCUUUAACUGUUCUACAGACUUUAUUCAGGAGGCUAGGAAUUCUGAGACAACUGCCAAUAACUUUGCCAACAACAAAUGGGUCAAGGUUCCUCGUGUAUUUUGGGACUUAACGACUCAUCAAGUUCUGACGAUGGAAUUCUGUACAGGACAGAAGGUUGAUGAUGUAGAAUAUCUGAAGGAAAGGAGAAUACACCCAAUGAAGGUGGCAGAAGUGUUGUUGGAAGUGUUUGCUGAAAUGAUUUUCAUCCAUGGUUUCCUGCAUGGAGAUCCACACCCUGGUAACAUAUUAGUUUCUCCUGAAGGUCAGAAUGGCUUUUCUUUGGUUAUUCUAGACCAUGGAAUAUACAAAAAAUUGGAUGAAGGAUUUAGGUUGGAUUACUGUCAGCUCUGGAAGGCAUUAAUUCUUCUGGACUCAAAAAACUUGCAGCGUUUGGGUGAACAGUUUGGUGUUGCGAAGUAUUCUAGAUACUUUCCUGUCAUUUUUACGGGAAGAACUAUUGACAGUAAAUCGGCUCUUGGGAAGGCAAUGUCAGUUGAAGAAAGACGUAAUCUAAAGCAGGAGCUGAAGUCCCUGAAGAUGGAAGACAUAUCUUCAUUUAUGGAAUCCUUGCCAUCAGAUUUUCUCACAAUAUUGCGUACUGAUGGGCUGCUGAGGUCUAUUGUUAGCAAGUUGGGGGCUCCACAAAGAGUCAGGUUACUAGCCUAUGGCAAAUAUGCAUUAUAUGGUCUUUCUCCAAAGUUGAAUCCUGAAUCUGAUUUUGCUCUGAAAGUUGUGUUCUCCCGAUUGAAGGCAAAUGCAAGUUACUAUAGGUUAAGGCUUAUUAUUGAGGUUCUACAGCUGCUUUCAUGGAUGGCAAAGGUCAAGCUUCUUCUGUAUACUAUGUAUGAAAAGAUAAGGUUGUGCUGUUAGGGGCAUUUUGAUUGUUUCCUCUUGGCAGUGAUUUCUUCUAACUAAUGUGAAGUUCUUUUGUGAAAUGUCUUUUAUUUAUUUAUUUAUUUAUUUUUUGGCACUUGUAUAGUUCAACGUAAGUGUCCUUAUUUAAUUUUUUGGUUACAUUGGAGUUCGACCUUGGGGUUCGAACUGGGGUGCCAGGGGAGGAAAGAGGAAGCCCCCACCACUGUGGACACACACAAUGCUGUAUUUUUGGACAUGGAACGGUUGAUCUUUCUUUUUCUUUUUCUUUGUGUAACAUAAAAUAAGAUACUUUUGGUUAUCAGUUGAGAAAUCAAAUUGUAAUAUAAAUAUAUAUGGCGUCCAUUAUCUUA